CCUAUCUAAGCGGGUGUUGAUAUUCAUGUUCUCAAAUAAAUUGAAAUUGCCACGAACAAGAAUAGAUCGAAUUGGCUGAGUGUUAGAAAUGAUAUCGAUUAAAUAUUUGUUGCCAAGUAAUGAGGUGCGAUAUUAAAAACGAGUGUCAAAAGUUAUAGCUGACACUUGAAACGUUUUAGUUUCAAGUUCAGCACAAAAUGGGGGAUAAGAAGAAGAAGAAGGAUGAGGAGGAGGAGGACGCACGAUUGGAGUUUCUAUUCAACUACUUUGCCAAAUCAUACAAGCUGAAACAGGAGAAAUGGUUGAAAAUGCUAUUCACAGACGAAUAUUCCAAGCCGCUGAUGAAUUUCUUGAACAAGGCCAACGAAAUGAAGAUGUACCUGACGAUGAACCAGGCCGGCAUUUUCUGCUGCUUCAAGGAGUACAAUCUGCAGAUCAAGUCGAAGUACACCUUCUUCCAGAAGAAGUACCCGGACGUUGUCACCAUGGAGAACAUGAGAGAGCUGAUCUUCAUGGGCGACAUGGCUGGCAAACCGAUGGAAGAACUAUCGGUACUCCUGAACGGGAUCUGCCUUCCGGUCCUGUCGAAUCCUACGAAUCACAGGGGAUGGCCCAAGGUGGUGGCAGACGACGUGAUUCAACACCUAAGGACCUUCAAAAACGUCGUGGAUCAGGUCAGAGGUGCCAUGAAGAGCCAAACGGUUCUGCCAUUGCCACAAGGUUAUUCCAGUGUACAUCUAGCAGUCAGUGCCUUCGUGGAUUCAAAUGGAGAAAACUGUGACCUGAUGCUGAAGUCACACAUCGAGAAUGCUGUUAUCAAAUGGGCCAGCAUCUGCAGAGAAGUCCUGAAGCAGUCAUCGAAAGCGGCUUUUGCUGGCGGAGUUCACCCAACCCCUACCAAAGAGGUUGAGUUCUGGUUGCAUCGUCUAAAAAAUCUAGAGUACAUCUACGAUCAGCUGAGAGAUCCGAGAGUCAAGAAGAUGGGUGAAUAUUUAGAACUGACGAAUAGUACCUACUCCAAAACAUUCAAAUCGCUCUUCAAAAACAUAGUGGCAGGCGUGGUGGAAGCAAGAGAUAUCAAUAUAUACCUGAAGCCUCUAGUACCUCAUAUCCAACGUUUCGAAGAAUCUGAAUUUCUAGAUAAUGAAAACUACAUUAAACCCCUCAUACAUUGUAUAGGUCUCAUUUGGGCCAACUCUAGAUAUUAUGCCUUCAGCGAAAAGAUCGUUGUGCUGUUGAAGGAAAUAUCGAAUAUGCUUAUAGAAGCUGUGACGAGACAGCUAGAUCCCUCAUCGAUUUUCCAGGGAGAGGCUGAGGAGAUUUUUCUCAAAGUGGAUAAAAGUAUUCAGCUACUGGAAUUGUUUAUGGAGUCCUUUGAAUAUGUUCGAAAAAACUUGCAAAAAUAUUACACUAACCCCGACAUAGAGUAUCAACCAUGGACGUUCCAUCGAAGGACAGUUUUUCAACGACUUCUGGAAUUCACAGAUAGAUUGAAACUGGUGAGAACCAUAUUGAGCACGAAUAUGGAGUUCACGAAACUGGAAAAGGUAGAAUUCGGUGGAUUGAAAGGCAGAAUACUAUCUAUAAAAUGUGAAGCGGCCUUCGAAGAUUUCAACAGAAUCUACACCGUCUUCAGUAACGUACAAUACGAUGUUCUGGAUAUCGAAGAUACCCAAGUCUACAAAGACUAUGAUCUCUUCAAGGAGAAGUGUGAUGAUUUAGACAUGCGCUUAGUUGCAAUCUUCGGACAAGCGUUCAACGACUGCUACAGCCUGGAGGCUAUCUUCAAGUUGAGGAAUAUAAUAGGGAAUUUGACAGAUAGACCUUUGAUCAGAGAUGAAGUCUAUUCGAUGUAUCCAAAAAUCAUGGAACUACUGAAUGAUGAAGUUGAUACUGCCAAGAUAAUAUAUGAUCAGUGUAUGGCUCGGGGUAUUCCUAUUAGUAAUUACGCCCCUCCAACAGCUGGCAGUAUUCUUUGGUUGAGGAAUCUUCGCGGGAGGAUCGCGAGGCCUUAUGAAGAAUUCAAGAACGUAGAACAUCCGAUACUGGAAAGCUCCGAGGCUGUAUAUCUCUUCAAAAAGAUCGAUCAAAUGCUGAGUAUUAUCGAUGGCAAAGUAAGAGCUCUACUGAACACCUGGAUAGCCAGCUUGCCGGACAUCAUCAACACACACAUGUCCAAGUUUCAGCUAUGUAGGGACGAGGAGAAAAGGGACCUCACUCUGAAUUUCAGCGAUGAACUGUUGGCGGUGUUGAGGGAGAUGAGAUACUUGAAAACCAUCGAAGGAUUGGAUUUGCCAGAGGAGGCGGUCGAGCUGUACGCGAAAGUAGAAUUGCUCUUCAAAUCGUUGAAUAGGUUCAAGAGGAUUGUUGAAUAUUACAACCAUCUGAAGAAUGACUGCACAGAGGUCGAGUUCAAUAUAAUUUGUGACGAGAUGGAAACGAUUGAUAAACUCCUGGAGCCUGCGAUAAAUCAGUACAUUUGGUUCGAGAAUGAUGUUGAGAUAGUCGAAAACAUGUUUAAUGCGGUGAAGGCACUCUACGACAGGGUAUCUCAGGCGCAGCAAAAUAUUCAUCAACUGAAACACUCAAUGAAGAAAUGGGCGAAGAUUCCAAUAUACGAAAGAAAAGAAGGCAAGAAGGAGCACCUUUUAUUCACUGAGGAUAGGGUAGAACGGUUGCGCAUCCGAUAUGAUGCCAUCAAGCAUGAUUCCGAUGAAUUGAAAACAGUAUUGGAGAAAAAUUAUGAAUUAUAUUUCGAUGUGCCGGCAGUAAAACCACCAGAGCCUCAACCAGAAGAGGAAGAACCUCCCCCACCUCCACCUGAAGAAGAAACAAAGGGUAAAAAAAAGAAAGGAAAAGGGAAAGGCAAGAAAGGUAAAAAAGGCAAGAAAUCGCCUCCUCCUCCAGAAGAAACAGAGGGAGAAACUGAAACCGAACCUGAUUCUCCGAAGGGUCCUGUAGAUCUAUCCUUCAAAUGGGAACCCUACAUCAAAUACGUCGAUCAUCUCAUGAAGGACAUACUCUUAUACGCUGUUAAAGUUAGUCAGACGUUCUUCAUGGAUGAAAUGGGAGACACGCCAGAUGUAACACCUUUUUUGGAAGUAGUCGUCGAACUUCAUCCGCCAAGUAUUGCUUUCGAACCUCCAAUAGAAUACAGACCUGGUUUUUUGUCGAUUAUUGAAACUCUACUUGACGACAUGUAUAACAUGGGGAAUUACAUGGAAAGAGCAGAUCCCUCAGAGCAUGCGAACUAUUACCCUGAUCUGAUCAACGAUAACAAUUGCCAGGAUAAUUAUCGAGAAAUAAUCUCCAGAAUAAAACUCGCUAUCAACAAAGCCCUGGAUUAUGUGAGGGUAUACGAUGAUUACGAGUUGUUGUGGACUGAAGAUAGACAAGAAUUCCUAAAAGAAUUUUUACUGUAUUCCCGUACUCUGAGUGACGAAGAGCGAGAUUCUCUCAAAGAUGAAAACGCUGUUCAUCCAGCACUCAAAGAACCAACUGUUGAAGAUUUCAAGCAGCAAAUAGACCAUUAUGACGAGUUGUACAAGAAGAUGGAGAUAACGCCAACCGAGAAGAUUCUCCAGGGAGGAUGGUUGAGACUGGAUUUGAGACCACUGCGACAGGGCAUACUCAACACAAUUCGCAAAUGGGGAAAUCUCUUCAAAGAUCACCUGUUCAACCAUGUUAUAGAGAGCUUGAAUGAGUUGGAAGCGUUCUGUCACGAGGCUAUACAAGCUAUGUCGGUCACGAUCUCCGAAGAUGAUUAUUCCGGACUAUUGCACAUCAUGGGUUACCUCUUCAAAGUGAAAGAGAGAAUGUUGGCGACGGAUGCCAUGUUCGGACCGCUGAAAGAAAUCAUGGACCUGCUUCAGACCUAUGGAGUGGAAUUCUCUGAAGAGGUUUACGUGAAGCUUCAAGAAAUUCCAGAUAAAUGGGUCCAAUGUAAAAAGGUUGCUGCUACCACCAAACAAAACGUUGCACCCAUACAAGCCAUCCAAGUUUGCUCCAUCAAACGAAGAAUACAAUUGUAUGAGAUCGAACAGACGUUGUACAAGAACGCAUUCAAGGACUUACCGUUCUUCAAUUACAAAUGCGAGAAGGUGUACAGAAUUCUGGAUAAAAUCAAUAGCGAGAUAGAGGUGUUCGAGAAAGAUCUUGCGAACCUUCAGGAACAGGCCGAGCUUUUCGAAAUUCAAAUUCCUGAAUUCAAACUAUCGAAACAGCUACGUAAAGUUGUGAGACAAGUUAAGCAGAUUUGGGAUUACGUCUACAUAGUGAGAUCAUGCAUGAGCGAAUGGAAGAAGACGCCUUGGAAGAAGAUAGAUGUGGAAGCGAUGGAAAUGGAAUGUAAACGUUUUGGAAAAGAACUCAGAGGCAUGGACAAAGAACUGAGAAGCUGGGAUGUGUUCAUACAAACUGAAGCUUCGAUCAAGAAUCUACUCACCUCCUUGAGAGCUGUCACCGAACUCCAAAACCCUGCAAUAAGAGAAAGACAUUGGCAACAACUCAUGCAAGCAACUAAGGUGCGUUUUGUUAUGGACGAGUCCACUACACUCAAAGAUCUCCUGGACCUCAACUUACACAACUACGAAGACGAGGUCAAAAACAUCGUGGAUAAAUCCGUUAAAGAAAUGGCUAUGGAGAAGGUUCUCAAAGAACUCGACGCCACUUGGACAGUCAUGGAAUUCGGAGUUGAAACUCACGACAGAACAAAGAUCCAAAUAUUGUCUGUGGCUGAGGAACUGAUCGAAACACUGGAAGAAAACCAAGUGGCACUUCAAAAUAUGAUGAGCUCCAGAUACAUUGACUUUUUCCUAGGUGAAGUAUCCGAGUGGCAAAUCAAACUGUCUAAUGCAGAUCAGGUAAUCAGCGUCUUCUUCGAAGUACAAAGAAAAUGGAUGUACUUGGAGAGUAUAUUCAUCGGAUCUGAAGAUAUAAGGAACCAGUUGCCCGAAGAUUCGAGGAGAUUCGACAGAAUCGAUAAAGAAUUCAAAGAAAUCCUGAGAGCGAUGACUCAAAACUUGAAUGUCGUGAAAGCAACAAACGUAGCAGGACUGUUCGAAAGGUUAGAUAGUCUGUUGGACCAAUUAACCCUUUGCGAGAAAGCCCUGAACGAUUACCUGGAAACUAAACGUUUGGCCUUCCCACGCUUUUACUUCGUAUCUUCUGCUGACCUACUGGAUAUCCUCUCCAAUGGAAACCAGCCAGAAUUGAUUUUGCGUCACUUGACCAAACUUUUCGAUUCCCUCGCGAAACUGACCUUCAUACAAGAAGGAGGUAGGGCUACUAAGAGGGCGAAGGAAAUGCUCUCGAAAGAGAAGGAAGCCGUGAAACUCGCCUACAUCUGUGACUGUACAGGCAAAGUCGAAACAUGGUUGAACAGAGUCAUAGAUGUCAUGAGGGUGACGCUUCACGGAUGUUUCGCUGAAGCUGUUAUGUCCUACGAGGAGAAACCUAGGGAGCUGUGGUUAUUCGAUUUUCCUGCUCAACCUGCUCUUUGCGGUACUCAGAUCUGGUGGACAACAGAGGUCAACAUGGCUUUCUCGAGGCUGGAAGAAGGCUACGAGAACGCUUUGAAGGAUUACCAAAAAAAGCAGAUAGCUCAACUCAGCGCCCUGAUCAAUCUACUCUUGGGUGAUUUGACCCCUGGUGACCGUCAGAAAAUCAUGACAAUAUGUACCAUCGACGUACAUUCAAGAGAUGUCGUCUUCAAAAUGAUCGCUGCGAAAGUGGAAAAUUCCCAAGCUUUCCAAUGGCAAAGUCAGCUCAGACAUCGUUGGGAUGAAGGCAUCAAAGACUGUUUCGCGAAUAUAUGUGAUGCUCAAUUCAGAUAUCAAUACGAAUACCUUGGUAAUACUCCAAGAUUAGUUAUCACACCGCUGACUGACAGAUGUUAUAUUACUCUGACACAAAGUCUUCAUCUUAUUAUGGGCGGUGCACCAGCUGGUCCAGCUGGUACUGGUAAGACAGAAACAACCAAAGAUCUUGGGAAAGCUCUUGGUAUGAUGGUGUACGUCUUCAACUGUUCAGAACAAAUGGACUACAAGUCUGUGGGUAAUAUCUUCAAAGGUUUAGCCCAGACUGGUUGCUGGGGUUGCUUCGAUGAAUUCAACAGAAUCUCCAUUGAAGUACUGUCUGUUGUUGCCGUGCAGGUGAAGACCAUACAAGAUGCCAUCAAGGACAAGAAGAAAAGAUUCAAAUUUUUGGGAGAUGAGAUAUCUCUGACUCCAACGGUGGGUUAUUUCAUUACAAUGAACCCUGGAUACGCAGGCAGAACUGAACUUCCAGAGAAUCUGAAAGCCCUAUUUCGACCAUGUGCCAUGGUGGUGCCGGACUUCGAAUUGAUUUGUGAAAUUAUGUUGGUGGCUGAAGGUUUCCAGGAAGCCAGGUUGCUCGCAAGAAAAUUCAUCACCCUCUACACGCUAUGUAAAGAGUUACUAAGUAAACAAGAUCACUAUGAUUGGGGUUUGCGAGCCAUCAAGUCUGUGUUGGUAGUAGCCGGAUCGUUGAAACGAGGUGACAGACUACGUCCUGAAGACCAAGUACUCAUGAGAGCUUUGAGAGAUUUCAACAUACCGAAGAUCGUAACUGAUGAUGUACCGGUAUUCAUGGGACUGAUUGGAGAUCUCUUCCCAGCUUUAGAUGUACCAAGAAAGAGGAACCCUGAUUUCGAAAAACUGGUUAAAGUGUCGGCAGUUGAUAUGAGGUUACAACCAGAGGACGGUUUCACACUGAAAGUUGUCCAGCUCGAGGAGCUUUUCGCCGUGAGGCAUUCAGUUUUCAUAAUUGGAUUUGCUGGUACAGGCAAAAGUAUGGUGUGGAAAACGUUGAACCGUACAUAUCAUAAUCAGAAGAGAAAACCAUUUUACAACGAUCUCAACCCCAAAGCGGUCACCAAUGAUGAACUGUUUGGUAUUAUCAACCCGGCUACAAGAGAAUGGAAGGAUGGGUUAUUUUCUGUUAUUAUGCGAGACAUGGCCAAUUUGACUGGUGACGGUCCGAAAUGGAUCGUACUUGAUGGGGACAUCGAUCCCAUGUGGAUCGAAUCCCUAAAUACACUGAUGGAUGACAAUAAAGUGUUGACGUUGGCCAGUAACGAAAGAAUCGCACUGACUCCGUCUAUGAGACUGCUCUUCGAAAUAGCCAAUUUGAGAACAGCAACUCCGGCUACUGUAUCGAGAGCAGGUAUCCUCUAUAUAAAUCCUGCCGACUUAGGUUGGAAUCCUUACGUGGCCUCGUGGAUCGACACGAGACAAGUGCAAAGCGAGAAGGCGAACCUCACCAUUCUUUUCGACAAGUACGUCCCACCCUGCCUUGAAAUGGUUCGAUUACGGUUGAAAAAAAUCACUCCGAUAUCCGAAAUCGCCCACAUACAAAUGUUAUGCUUCCUCCUAGACUGCUUCUUGACGCCGCAAAAUGUUCCUCAGGACUGUCCCAAAGACUGGUACGAGAUUUACUUCGUUUUCUCCAUAGUUUGGGCUUUUGGUUCUGCCCUUUUCCAAGACCAAAUGACCGAUUGGAGGAACGAAUUCAGUAAAUGGUUCACGAAUGAGUUUCGAACCGUCAAAUUUCCACCGCAAGGUACCGUGUUUAGUUAUUACAUCGAGAAUGAAUCGAAGAAAUUUCUUCCUUGGACUGAUUUAGUUGUGGAAUUCGAAUUGGAUCCUGAUAUUCCUUUACAAUCCACUCUGGUGAACACAGCGGAAACUACUAGAAUACGUUUCUUCAUCGAUAAACUCAUGCUCAUGAAAGUUCCUGUAAUGCUGGUGGGACCUGCGGGUAGCGGAAAAACGGUAAUCAUAAAUUCUAAGUUGGAGAGUCUCGAUGACAAUUACGCUGUGACAAAAGUUCCCUUCAACUUCUACACUACCUCUGAAAUGUUACAAAACAUUCUGGAGAAACCUUUGGAGAAGAAGGCUGGUAGAGUAUAUGGUCCACCUGGAGGUAAAACUAUGGUUUACUUCGUGGACGACAUGAACAUGCCAGAAGUGGAUAAGUAUUUCACUGUCCAACCUCAUACUUUAAUCAAGCAAUUUAUGGAUUAUCAACAUUGGUACGACCGACAGAAACUGAGUCUCAAAGAUAUACACAACGUACAGUUCUUAUCUUGCAUGAAUCCAACUGCUGGAAGUUUCACUAUUGAUCCGAGGCUUCAGAGACAUUUCUGUGUAUUCGCAGUUAGUUUUCCAUCACAAGAGGCGGCGUUUCACAUUUACAGCAAUAUCGUACAGCAACAUCUCACUAUGUCUAUGAAUAAAUUCUCUCCGAAUUUAGCUAAAUUAGCGCCGACAGUCGUCCAGGCUGCAUUGACGCUCCAUUCGAGAAUGGGACAAACCUUCCUUCCGACGGCGAUAAAAUUCCAUUAUACGUUCACGCUGAGGGACAUGUCCAACAUAUGCCAAGGAAUGCUAUUCACUACAGGAGAUGCCAUCAAAACUCAGAACGAUUUCAUCAGACUCUGGAUGCAUGAAGCCAAUCGUGUUUACGGAGAUAAAUUGGUGGAGAAAGCAGAUCAAGAUGCCUACAGCAAGUUAAUGAUGGACGUCGUGAGGAAGGGUUUCGAAGAACUGGAUGAAUACGUUGUUUUCAACGAGCCUCUGAUUUACUGUCAUUUUGCGGAAGGUAUAGGAGAUCCCAAAUAUUUUCCCAUACACGAUUUCAAACACCUCAGUGUUCUACUCAACGAUGCGUUAGCCAACUACAAUGAUUUAGUGGCCGCAAUGAAUCUGGUACUCUUCGAAGACGCCAUGUACCAUAUUUGCAGGAUAAAUCGUAUCAUGGAAUCUCCCCGAGGUAAUGCACUCCUUGUCGGAGUGGGGGGUUCUGGGAAACAAUCCCUAACCCGAUUGGCUGCUUUCAUAUCUUCGUUCGAAGUUUUCCAGAUCCAAUUGAAGAAGGGAUAUUCAAUGAACGACAUGAAACUUGACAUCGCUGCCCUUUAUAUAAAAGCUGGUUUGAAAGCCAUCGGGAUAGUUUUUCUCAUGACAGAUGCUCAAGUUCCUCAAGAAUCUUUCCUCGUUCUCAUCAAUGACAUGCUUGCGUCAGGGGAAAUAAGCGAUCUCUUGGCCGAUGAAGAAGUAGAGAAUGUAGUGAAUGGCGUAAGAAGUGAAGUGAAGGGUAUGGGCUUACAAGACACGAAGGAGAACUGUUGGAAAUUUUUUAUAGAAAGAGUAAGACGAUUACUAAAAACAAUUUUAUGUUUUUCUCCGGUUGGAUCUACACUCAGAAUACGAGCUAGAAAAUUCCCAGCAUUGGUCAAUUGCACAUCCAUUGAUUGGUUUCACGAAUGGCCUAAAGAGGCACUUCAAUCUGUAUCGAAGAGAUUCUUGUCUGAGAUCGAUGCUCUACCUAAACCUCUAGUUGAUUCAGUAGCCAACUUUAUGUCUUAUGUUCACGUUGUAGUCAACGAAAUGUCGUCAGUGUACCUGGCAAACGAAAAGCGCUACAAUUACACAACCCCUAAAUCUUUCCUGGAGCAGAUCUCUCUUUACCAGAAGCUAUUGUCUGAAAAAACUAAAGAUGUCACUGACAAUAUCGAUAGAUUAGAAACAGGUCUAACCAAACUUGCGUCUACUUCUGAGGAGGUGGACGGAUUGAAAGAAAUACUUGCGGUGAAAGACCAGGAGGUCGCAGUGAAAAAUGAGGCAGCAACGAAACUUAUUGCAGUUUUGGCUGUGGAAAAUGAGAAAGUGGCAGCGGAGCAGGCGAUAGCCAGUGAAGAAGAAGCGAAAGUUCGAGAAAUCGAGGAGGAUGUCAGUGUGAAGGCCAAAAUAUGCGCAGAGGAUUUGGCCAAGGCAGAGCCUGCUCUCAUAGCUGCUAUGGAAGCUCUGAAUACUUUGAAUAAGAAUAAUUUGACAGAGUUGAAAUCCUUCACUCAACCGCCAGAUGCUGUCGUGAAUGUGUGCGCUGCAGUGCUAGUUCUCUUCUCGAAGAGGGGCAAAAUUCCCAAGGAAAGAGGUUGGAAAGAAUGUAAAAUGAUGAUGGGAAAAGUGGAUCAAUUCUUAUCUGAUCUCAUAAAUUAUGAUAAAGAGAACAUGUCUCCUGAAGUAGUAAAAGCAACACAAGAGUAUCUCAAAAAUCCUGAGUUCGACCCGGAGAAAAUAGCAGCAAAAUCAGCCGCUGCUGCCGGUUUGUGUUCUUGGGUUAUAAAUAUUCUGAAAUUUUACGACGUAUUUGUUGUUGUUGAGCCAAAAAGACAGGCUUUGGCUAAAGCUAAUCAAGAUCUGAAAGAUGCUCAAGCUAAGUUACAAGCACUGAAUGAAAAAUUGUCACUUUUAGAAAAGCAACUUGGUACGCUGAAGGCUGAAUUCGAUGAAGCCACCGAGGCCAAAAUGAAAGUGCAAGCAGAAGCUGACGCAUGUGCUCUCAUGAUUGACUUGGCCAACAGGCUCGUUAAUGGCUUAGCUUCAGAGAAAGUCAGAUGGAAGGAUCUUGUUUUAUCUUAUCAACAAUCAAUCAUCACUAUGCCUGGUGAUAUUUUGUCAAUCACCUCUUUCAUAUCAUACGUAGGCUGCUUCACCCGAAAAUAUCGACUAGAUCUUUUGUUCAAGUAUUGGGCCCCAUACCUGAACAGUCUGCAACCUGCAAUUCCAAAAACUGAAGGUCUAGAUCCAUUAUCCUUAUUGACUGAUGACGCUAUCAUAGCAACGUGGAAUAAUGAAGGUCUACCUACUGAUCGAAUGUCCACGGAAAACGCUUGCAUAUUGACAUUUUCUGCCAGGUGGCCCCUUAUGAUAGACCCCCAACUUCAAGGCAUUAAGUGGAUCAAAACAAAAUAUGGAGAUUCUCUAACAGUUGUCAGACUGAACAUGAGAAAUUAUCUCGAUAUUCUCGAGAAAUGUAUCACGAAUGGUCAAGUUAUCCUCUUUGAGAACAUAGGAGAAACGAUGGAUGCAGUACUGGAGCCUGUUCUCGGAAGAGUUCUGGUCAAAAAAGGAAAAGCUGUAAAAAUAGGAGAUAAAGAAGUAGAUUACGAUCCUCGUUUCAAGCUCAUCAUCCAUACUAAACUAGCAAAUCCUCACUACAAACCAGAAAUUCAGGCCCAAACUACACUGAUCAAUUUCACCGUCACAAGAGAUGGUUUGGAAGAACAGCUGUUAGCCGAGGUAGUCAAAGCUGAAAGGCCCGAUUUGGAACAGUUGAAAUCGUCGUUAACUAAACAACAGAAUGACUUCAAAAUCACUUUAAAAAGAUGUGAAGAUAAUUUGUUAUACAGGUUAUCAACAGCCAAAGGUAACAUACUUGGAGAUGUUGAGUUGGUCGAAAACCUAGAGACUACCAAAAAGACGGCUACCGAAAUUGAGGUGAAAGUGGAAGAAGCCAAAAUAACUUCUGCUAAGAUCGAUGAGGCCAGGGAACAAUAUCGUCCAUGUGCUGCGAGAGCUUCGCUCCUCUACUUCGUGCUAAAUGAUCUAAAUAGAAUUAACGCUAUUUAUCAAUUUUCUCUUAAGGCAUUCAGUGUUGUCUUCAAGGACGCCUUAUCAAAAGCUGUUCCAGCAGAAGUUCUCAAGGACCGGGUGUUCAACUUGUUGGAUAGUAUAACAUUUUCUGUUUUCAUGUAUACAUCGAGAGGUCUUUUUGAGUGUGACAAAUUGAUCUUCAUGGCGCAUAUGACCUUUCAAAUAUUAGCAAGUAUCAACGACCUCGUUCCUGAAGAAUUGGACUUUCUUUUGAGGUUUCCCAUCAUACCCAACCUCAAUUCGCCGGUUGAUUUCUUGAGCAAUAUUUCUUGGGGUGGUAUCAAAGCUCUGUCGAAUAUGGACGAAUUCAAGAAUUUGGAUAAAGAUCUCGAAGGGUCAGCAAAAAGAUGGAAGAAGUUUGUCGACAGUGAGUGUCCUGAAAAGGAGAAAUUUCCUGGCGAAUGGAAGAAUAAGAGUUUUCUUCAGAGACUUUGUAUGAUGAGAGCUCUGAGGCCCGAUCGUAUGACAUACGCUGUUCGUACUUUUAUAGAAGAUAAAUUAGGUGUGAAAUAUAUCACGGCUAGGAGUGUAGAAUUCGAAAAAUCUUACGAAGAAACAAGCAGUGCCACACCUACAUUCUUUAUUUUAUCACCUGGAGUGAAUCCCCUGAAAGAUGUUGAAAAACUGGGUAAAAAAUUAGGUUUCACUUUCAACGAUGGUACUUUCCAUAGCGUCUCUCUAGGACAAGGACAAGAAGUUGUGGCUGAAAGUGCUAUAGACUUGGCCUCGGUCGAGGGACAAUGGGUGAUCUUGCAAAAUAUCCAUCUGGUUGUGAAAUGGUUGCCAACCCUAGAAAAGAAAAUGGAACAGUGCGUUGAGAGUGCCCACGAAAAAUUCAGGUUAUAUCUGAGCGCUGAACCUUCUGGGGAUCCAUUGUCAUGCGUCAUACCCCAAGGAAUCUUAGAAUCAUCUAUAAAGAUCACCAACGAACCACCCACAGGUAUGUUCGCUAAUCUGCACAAGGCGUUGGACAAUUUCAAUCAGGAAACGCUGGAAAUGAGCUCUAAGGAAUCUGAGUUCAAAUCGAUACUGUUCGCUCUGUGCUAUUUCCAUGCAGUAGUUGCAGAAAGAAGGAAAUUUGGCCCCCAAGGCUGGAACAGGAACUAUCCAUUCAACGUUGGUGAUCUGACCAUAAGCGUUAAUGUUUUGUACAACUAUUUGGAGAAUAAUCCUAGGGUACCAUACGAAGAUCUGAGAUACUUAUUUGGCGAAAUUAUGUAUGGUGGCCACAUAACUGACGACUGGGAUAGACGUCUCUGUAGGAACUAUCUCUUGGAGUUCCUCAAGCCAGAAAUGAUGGAGGGUGAGAUGAUGCUGGCUCCUGGCUUCUUGGUGCCUCCAAACACAGACUACAUAGGAUACCAUAGAUACAUCGACGACAAUUUACCACCAGAAAGUCCCUAUUUGUACGGUUUGCAUCCAAACGCUGAAAUUGGAUUUUUGGCCUCCACCUCGGAGAACUUGUUCAAAACUAUAUUCGAACUACAACCCAGAGAAGCUGGAGCUGGGGCAGGAGCUGGAAUGUCGAGGGAAGAGAAAGUGAAAGGAAGUAUCGAUGAUAUCCUUGACAAAGUUCCGGAACCGUUCCCAAUACAGGAAAUGAUGGCUAAGGUUGAAGACAGAACUCCCUAUAUAAUCGUUGCAUUCCAAGAGUGCGAGAGAAUGAACAUCCUAACUGGAGAGAUUAGGAGGUCACUCAAAGAACUCGACCUAGGUUUGAAGGGUGAACUGACCAUUACAUCUGAUAUGGAGGUUUUAGAGGAAGCCCUGUUCAUGGAUCAACUGUCGGUGACUUGGUCUGCUAAGGCUUACCCCAGCAUGCUCCCCUUAGGUCAAUGGGUGGCUGAUCUAAGCGCAAGAAUCAAAGAACUAGAAGGAUGGGUUGGCGAUUUUACCAUGCCAGCUACAGUGUGGUUAGGCGGUUUCUUCAAUCCCCAGUCAUUUUUGACAGCUAUUAUGCAGCAAACAGCCAGGAAAAAUGAAUGGCCUCUGGAUAAAAUGUGCCUGCUGACCGAUGUAACUAAAAAACAGAAGGAAGAAUUCACUUCAGCUCCAAGAGAAGGAGCUUACGUACACGGCUUGUUCAUGGAAGGGGCAAGAUGGGAUAUCCAACUCAACAGCAUUGCCGAAUCUAAACUGAAGGAUUUGUUCCCCAUAGUCCCGGUGAUAUUCAUUAAAGCAAUAACUCAAGACAAACAGGAUACUAAGAAUAUGUAUGAUUGUCCUGUUUACAAAACUAGAAUGAGAGGUCCCACUUUUGUUUGGACCUUCAAUUUAAAAACCAAAGAAAGGCCAUCUAAAUGGACAUUGGCUGGAGUGGCCAUAUUGUUGCAGAUAUAGCUAUUUAUGUAUACAAAUAUUAAGUUUUUAUUUUUAGAUAUUUAUAAAUGUGAUAUGAGCAUUAAAAAUGAAAUAUUCUUAUUGUU